AUGGUGUCGGAACACAAGCGUUCCAUCAUGAAUGGAGGUCCCUGUUGCUGCCUACAGUCUGUGUAGUUUUUUAAAAAUUACUAUUAUUAAGUAUGGAGUGUUACUGUGAGCGGUUAGCCUUGCGAUAUAUAUCUUGUUGUAUAUACGCCCAGUGAGUGCACUUUUCCUCAUACAUUACCGCGUACCCCCAGAAAGGAGAACGCUUUGCGCAGUGAUGGCGGAGGAAAGGCGUCAGAAACAGUGCUCGGUAGUCCUCCCUACAGAGUCCAUGAAGGCGAUGGCAGAGUCCGUGGGAGUGGGCCAAUUACAAGAGGACAGCUGCACAGCCCUAAGUGAAGAAGUCAGUUACAGAAUUAAAGAAAUUACACAGGACGCUCUUAAGUUUAUGCAUCACGGAAAGAGACGUAAACUAACAACCAAUGACAUUGAUAAUGCCCUCAAACUUAAAAAUGUUGAGCCCCUGUAUGGAUUCCAGUCUCAAGAGUUUAUCCCUUUUCGUUUCGCAAGUGGUGGUGGAAGAGAACUUCAUUUCUAUGAGGAGAAGGAAGUGGACCUUAGUGAUAUUAUAAACACUCCACUCCCUAGAGUUCCCCUGGAUGUCUCCCUUAAAGCCCACUGGUUAAGUAUUGAGGGCAUUCAACCUUCUAUUCCGGAAAAUCCACCACCAGCACCAAAAGAACAACAAAAAGCUGAAUCCACUGAGCCUCUCAAAGUUGUCAAACCUGGUCAAGAGGAGGACAGUACCAUUCAAGGCAAAAAUCAAGGGGCAACAGCUGCUGAUGGCAAAGGAAAAGAAAAGGGUCCCAUAAGGUUAAAACCACGCAGCACCCAUGAGCUGUCAGUGGAACAGCAACUCUACUACAAGGAGAUCACUGAAGCAUGCGUCGGAUCCUGUGAAGCUAAGAGAGCUGAAGCCUUGCAAAGUAUUGCCACAGACCCAGGACUGUAUCAAAUGCUUCCAAGAUUCAGCACCUUUAUUUCCGAAGGAGUUCGUGUUAAUGUCGUGCAAAAUAACUUGGCUCUCCUGAUUUACCUCAUGCGGAUGGUCAAAGCACUGAUGGACAACCCCACUUUAUACCUGGAAAAAUAUCUGCAUGAGCUCAUCCCGGCUGUGGUGACAUGUAUCGUGAGCAAGCAGCUGUGUUUAAGACCAGAUGUUGACAACCACUGGGCUUUAAGGGACUUUGCUGCUCGUCUUAUGGCCCAGAGUUGUAAAACCUUUAGCACCACAACCAACAACAUCCAGUCUCGCAUCACCAAGACUUUUACUAAGAGUUGGUUGGAUGACAAAACCCAGUGGACGACGCGGUAUGGCUGCAUCGCCGGGCUCUCUGAGCUUGGGCCUGAUGUAAUAAAGACGUUGAUCCUUCCUCGGCUUGCUGUAGAGGGUGCUCGCAUCAAAGCAGUGAUGGAAGGACCAGUAAUCUCCAAUAUUGAUAAGAUUGGAGCAGACCAUGUUCAAAGCCUCCUAUUGAAACAUUGUGCCAGUGUCAUUGCCAAGAUUCGACCUCCACCUGACAGCGUGGAACAAUAUCGGAUGGACUAUGGUUACCUCGCACCUAUGUUGUGUUCUCAUGUAACGAAGGCUCGGACCCAAGCUGCAAUGCAAGCCCAGCAAGUCAACAGAACCACAUUAACAAUCACACAGCCUCGUCCGACCCUCUCUGUUUCACAAAGUGGACUCAGUGGAUCGACAGGGCCUCGCACUCCAAGCAUCAUUAAGGUUCCAAGUUCCCUCACCCUGAUGUCCCCAAGACCAGGGACCCCUUCACAGCCAUCGCCCCCUGCCACUAAAUAUAUUGUUAUGGGAACCAGUGCAGGAGCCGCUUCAACACAGCAGCAGGUAAUCACCAUUAACUCUUCUCAGUCUGCCUCAACGGUUACAAGCACCGUACCCAGCGCUACUUCAACCUUGCAGCCAAUGGUAAAACUAGAAUCAGGAAGUGGCCCUACACUCCCCGGUUCUCGACCUAUGCAGAAGUACAUCGUGGUAUCACUGCCUUCGUCCACAUCUUCCAUGGAAAAUAAAAGCUCUGUAAUCCCAACCCCCAUCUCAACAACAGUAGAACCAGCAAUGAGGACUGACCGGUCAGAGUCUCCUGGUGCAAGCACACAGUCACCACACUGACACGUUUCAUAAGAGUUAACAUGCAUACAAGGACAAUUUUUCUUGUGCUGAACUGAAAAUGAAACGAUAUAGGAGCAGUUGUUUGAUCUUAAUUGUAAAUAAGGGAAUGCACAACAAAGAGGCAAUCUCAGUGUUUCAUCCUUCAUUCAAAUUGAUAUCACGCUUUUUUUUUUUUUUUUUACCCCAAAAUAAAUUUCACUUUGUAUUUGUAUACUCACUUGUUGUAAUUUAUUGCCAUCCAAAAUUGUAGCUAUGGCUCUUAUGUUGCGAAUUGGAAUGAGUUUAUCUCUAGUAGACAUCCAAUGCAUUUGAACUGGGAGGGUGGCAGCGGAUGAACGAAUUCAUCCGCUGCCAUCCCGCUCAAGGGCAUCCAAUGAGUUUAAUUUGGGGGGCAUUUCAGGUCACUUGUUGUCGAUUUUUGUUCACUUCUUGUUGAUUUUGGGGCAUUUACAGUUCACUUUCUGUUGAUUUGGGGUUUCUGAAAGGAAAGUGACUUGAGAAUGUCCCCCAAUGAAUAUGAAGUGACUCAAAUUCAGAAACUCACCUGGUAAUGCCCGAAUGAACAGGAAGUGACCUGUAAAUUCCUAAAAGACUGGCUGAGAAUGCUCUGGAUUCAGGGCCCUUGACAUCCAAUCCAGUCAAAAUGAACUGUAUGUCUAGCACCGUCAAUGGCAGCCUGUGAGCUAACAUAGACACUAUUCUAAUGCUUUUUUUUUUUUUUUUUUUUUUUAUGUUGACACUUUUUUAAAACGAUACAUAAACUCUAGGUGGGAGCAUAUCGAUAACCUUUUGGGUUACAAAUUAUUGGGAUAUAUCAGCUGUUUAAUAUAUUGUCACACCCCUUGUGACUGUACUGUAUUGAACUUCUUUCUUCUGUCCUCAUUUGCUUUGUGUUACUUCUGAAAUGACAUUAAGUUCAGAAUCCAAGUUCAUAUGUCACAGGGCACGAAGCACAACACAAAUCAGAUAUAAUUGUCAGCUCUUCGCCG